AUGCCCCCAAAGAAAAAGAUAAGAAAGACCAAAAAUAAAAUACAAAUAAAAAGUAAAAAUGACUUAGAGGAGCGGUAUCGGGAAAGUAUUCAGGAUAUAGCCAUUCUGCAGGAUCACAUAGGCAUACAGUGCGACACAGAAAGAAGGCUCCGGUCUGAUAGGACUGACUUAAGGAGACGCAUAUGGGACAUGGAGCAGACGCUGCAGAGUGAGAGACAAGAUCAUAAGGACAUCAGUUCUGACCUCAUUCGGCAGUACAAAACCACGCAGUCAGAGCUGACCAAAAAGGUGGAGAGGCUGGAGAUGGAGGUCAAUCAGCUAAAGAAAGAACUUGUGCUGUGUCAGGAAGAGCUGAAUAAAGGUAAAAAGGAGCAUAAGCAAGUGGAACAGGAGAAGGACGCCAUCAUAGAGGCCUUGAAGCACAAGCUGGAUAACAUGGAAACUGACUAUGAGAAGCUCCUAUAUGAGACUCUGCACAGCCUGUCCUCACAGCUAGCUGUGGCUCAACGGGAAUGGGUGGACAAAGAAACAAUAUUUAAUGAAAAUUAUAAGGAACUGCUCUCUGAAUUUGGUCUGAACACCCUGGACAUUUGAAAGAAAGGACCCUUAUAAAUGGCAGCAAAGCUUGUUUGAAGUUGUAGCUUCAGCAUUUUUAUUUAUUCUCACUGUGACUGGGAGGAAAAUUGCAUCAAUAUCAGUUUAGAAUUAAUGUAUUAGUUUAUUAGAGUAAAAAAAAAUAUAUAUAUAUAUUUUAAAUCUGUGCAUGUAUUUGGUAUGAACCACAUAUUGUGUGUAAUUUAAUGU